UGAAGCUCGCUGCAAGAAGACGCGCAGCAGCAACCUCACUCACUCGCUCUCGCACUAACUAACCUACACGACAUUUUGUACUCGGGCGGCGAGUUCAAGAGCGUAAGGCUGGAGGGAAGUCUGGGGUCCGCUCUGCUCAGAAGGAUUUCUGCCAGGAAGUCUCACCAGCGGAGUGACAGUCCUCCGCCCCAGCACGACCACAUGGGAGUCGGAGAUGAUGGAGGGCCAGGAAGGCUGAGUCGCAGGUUUUCCCGCUUCAGCGGCAGGUAUCAGUCCAGAGCAGCACCUCAGCCCGACAGACCUGCGGCUCAACAAGAUGACAGGGUUCCUCAACCAGUCCCCGCUCCGUCUCCAGCACCGGAUCCACCGCAAGUUCCGUCGCCGGCCCCGCUGCCUCCUCCUCUCACCCCUGCCAAGGAAGUUCCUCCCAAACAGCCGGAUGUACUUACCAAGCCCAAACUGCCCCCGCGACCUUUGUGCAAGGUGUUUAGUAGUUCUGAGCACGGAUCUGCUGUGCUGAAGGGUCUGGACGUUUUCCGGGGACACGACAUCCUGUGUGAUGUUAUUUUGGUUCCGGGAGACAGUCAGGAAAGAUUCCCCGUGCACAGAGUCAUCAUGGCCUCAUCCAGCGACUACUUCAAAGCCAUGUUCACAGGAGGUAUGCGGGAGCAGGAGAUGAGAGAGAUCAAGCUUCACGGGGUCACGGAGUUAGGGUUGAAGAACAUCCUGGACUUCAUCUACACGUCCAAAGUCAGCCUGGACAUGAGCAACCUGCAGGAGACUCUGGAAGCUGCAAACUUCCUGCAGGUCAUGCCGGUUCUUGCCUUCUGCAACGAGCUUCUGAGCAGCGAGGUCACUGUGGAUAACUGCGUGGAGGUGGAGAGCAUUGCUUCUGACUUACUUCUAGAGGAUGUGCAGAAGAACAUUGCCACGUUUGUGAGUCACAACCUGUCGGCCCUGGUGGAGAGUGGUCGCUACCUGCAACUCUCAGAGAAGACCAUAGCCGGCGCUCUGGCCAGCAACUCCCUGAAGGGCUUCUCCGAAAUGGAGCUCUACCACAUCGCCAAAGGGUGGCUGGGUCAUCAGCCCGCCAAACGCAACUCCUUCGUCCACGCGCUGAUGCGUCACAUUCGCUUCCCGCUGAUGAGCCCCUGCGAGCUGAUCCAGAUCUCCCAGGAGGAGGAGGAAGACGGCCGCAACUCCCUGAUGCGUUCCGACACCUCCUGCGUGAACCUCCUGCUGGAGGCCAGCAACUACCAGAUGAUGCCCUUCAUGCAACCGGCUCUGCAGAGCGAGCGCACGCAGAUCCGCUCGAACGCCACGCACAUCGUGGCGCUGGGGGGCGUGAUGCGUCAGCAGCUGGUGGUGAGCCGUGAGCUGAGGAUGUACGACCAGAACACAGGCCACUGGAGAGCCCUGAAGCCCAUGGAGGUGCCGUGCUACCAGCACGGCGUGGCUCUCCUGGGUGGCUUUCUGUUCAUUGUCGGAGGUCAGAGCACAUAUGACACCAAGGGGAAGACGGCCAUCGACAGCGCCUACCGCUACGACCCGCGCUUCAACGUCUGGCUUCAGAUUGCUUCGCUCAAUGAAAAGAGGACCUUCUUUCACCUCUGCGCCCUGCGGGAGAAACUGUACGCCGUUGGCGGCAGAAACGCAUCUGGCGAAAUCAACACGGUGGAGUGCUACAAUCUGAAGAAGAACCAGUGGACGUUUGUGAGCAACAUGAUGGAGUCUCACUACGGACACGCUGGGACCGUCCACGGGGACCUUAUGUACAUCUCAGGCGGCAUCACGCACGACACCUUCCAGAAGGAGCUGUGGUGCUACGAGCCGGCGACGGACGCGUGGCGGCGCAGGGCCGACAUGACGGAGCUGCGGGGGCUGCACUGCAUGUGCACGGUGGGCGACCGGCUCUACGUGAUGGGCGGCAACCACUUCCGCGGCAGGAGCGACUACGACGACGUGCUGGGCUGCGAGUGCUACAGCCCCGCCGCCGACCAGUGGACCGUGGUGGCGCCCAUGCCCCGGGGUCAGAGCGACGUGGGCGUGACCGUCUUCCAGGGCCGCGUCUAUGUGGUGGGCGGGUACUCGUGGAACAGCAGGUGCAUGGUGGACAUUGUGCAGCGCUACGACCCCGAGGCCGACGUCUGGGCCCGCGUCUUCGACGUCCUGGAGCCGCUGGGGGGGAUCCGCGCCUGCACCAUGACUGUUCAUCUCCCGGAGAACGCCGUGGACGAGGCUCAGAUCCAGGCCGGGCCGUUGCCUACGGCCUAACAUCCAGAACUCGCAUGGUACCAGGAAUGUGACCUUGUACUCUUUUUGAAAGCCCCCGUCUCCCAAACCAUGCGUUUGGACUUUGAGUCAUGAGUUGUACUUUUAGUUGCAUUUUAGUUUCAGCUGUGUCAUCGACCAAUCAGCGGCAACCUUCACAUGCAUCAUCAAGCCAAUCAGCUGUGACCUGCCUUCAGGGUCAGUCCCCUCUGCGUCGGUCGGUUCAACUCCACUUCCACCAGUCAUUCACGUAAACUUCGUCUUUUGUUGCGCCCUAAAAAGUGUUUAUACUGUAAGUAUUAAGCACUAGCUGUUUGAUUGUAACGUGCAUCUCAGUUGUAGUUUUUAUUAAUUAAAUUCAACCGAUACAGUACCAAUUCGAGCUUCCUGGGAAAUCGAUACGAGUAACAAUUUUCGGUACUCUUGUAUUAAUUGUUUUUUUUUUUUUUAAAUAAAAUCUCAUUUUUAUUGCAACCUUUA